AUGUACAGGCAAUGGAAGCAGGGAUGUGUAGCCUGGGAAGCGUACAGGGAUGCUGUCUGGGCAGGUAGAGGUGGGAUUAGGAAAAUCAAGGCACAGAUGGAAAUGAACUUGACAAGGGAUGUGAAAAAUAACAAGGGGUUCUUCAGGUACACUGGGCAGAAAACACAGACCAAAGAGAGUGUAACCCCUCUGAUAAAUGAAAAGGGAGAACUGGCUUCAACAGACCUGGAGAAAGCUGAGGUACCCAACAAGUUCUUUGCUGCAGUCUUCACUGACAGUCAGGCUUCCCAUGUUUCUCAAGUCCCUGAACCUCUAGGCAGGAGUCAGGAGAGCAGAGUCCCUCCAACUGUAAGAACAGAGCAAGUCAGAGGCAGCCUCAUGGGACUGAAUGUGUACAAGCCUAUGGGACUGGAUGACAUGCAUCCCAGGGUCCUGAAGGAACUGGCUGAUGUGGUUGCCAAGCCACUCUCCAUCAUAUUUGAGUCAAGGUUGUCAGAGGAAGUCCCUGGUGACUGGAAAAAGGGAAGCAUCACUCCUGAUUUCCAGAAAGGGAGAAAGGAAGACCUGGGGAACUACAGGUUGGGGAACCUUACCUCUGUGCCUGGGAUGAUCAUGGAGCAGAUCCUCCUGGAAACUAUGGCAAGGCACAUGCAAAACGAGGUGACCUGAGACAGCCAACAUGGCUUCAGCAGGGGUAGAUCAAACCUGACCAAUCUGGUGGCAUUCGGUGAUGGAGAGAUGGCAUCAGUGGACAAAGGAAGGGCAACUGAUGUAAUCUACCUGGAUUUCUGCAUGGUCUUUGACAUGGUCCCACAGCACAUCCUUAUUUUUAAAUUGGAGAGAUAUGUAUUUGAAGGCUGGACUAUUUGGUGGAUAAAGAAUUGGUUGGAUGGUCACAGCCAGAGGGUUGUGGUGAAUGACUCUAUGUCCAAGUGGAGGUCAGUGACAAGUAGUGUACCCCAGGGCUCAGCCUUGGGACAAGUGCUCUUCAACAUCUUUAUCAAUGAUCUGGAUAGUGGGAUUGAGUACACCCUCAGCAAGUUUGCUGAUGAUACUAAACUGAGUGUUGCAGUUGGUACAACAGAUGGAAGGAAUGUCAUCCAGAGGGACGUGGACAGGCUUGAAAAGUGGGCUAAUGAGAACUUAAUGAAGUUCAACAAAACCAAGUGCAAAGUUAUGCGCCUGGGUUGGGGCAGUCUCAGGCAUGUGAAUACACUGGGAAAAGAACUCAUUGACAGCAGCCCUGCUGAGAAAGAUUUGGGAGUCCUGGUGGACAAGAAGCUUGACAUGAACCAGCAGUGUGUGAUUGCAGCCCAGAAAACCAACUGUAUCCUGGGCUGCAUCAAAAGAGAGGUGGCCUGCAGGGCAAGGGAAGUAAUUGUCCCGCUUUACUCUGUCCUUUAA